AUGGCCUUGGAGAACAUCCAAAUUUAUGAACGUGCCAGAAUCUUGGGUACCCCCGCUGUGCAGAGCAGCAUGAAUGGCCCUGUGAUGGUUGAGUUGCAGGGUGAGACUGAUUCACUUGAGAGUGAUUGUUCUGCUUUGCCUACUGGAUAUGACAAAGAUGAGAGAGUUAUGGCACAGUGGCCUCUGCACUGGUAG